GUGUGUGCAGCAGCUCGCACGCGUUUAACAGUCGCUCACAACAUGGCGAUGAGGCGCGCAGAGACACGACGGCUCUCCCCCGACUGAAAAGCGGGGACUCUGUUUUUAUGCUGCCUACCGGAGACCUCCUGUGUUUACAGGGACUCUGCGCGAGCGAGGACUUUACGAGGACUGUGUCGAUUUGAACGCAUGUAGCGUUGCUCUUUUUCUUUUCUUUUCUUUCUUUCUUUUUUUUUUUUUUUUUUUUUUUUUUUUUAUUUCCUCCCGGCUGGGAAAAAAAAAAUCAAAAGGAGGAUGUCCAUGGCGCUGAAUACCUGGCUCUUCUCUCUGCUUUCGAUAUUCUGCUGUGGACUGGCCGUGCAAGAAAAUCCCAUGUCUGUGGAGCUGAGCUGUGGUGCUGGUCCCAUUCACGUGGUUCUGGAGCCUCCUCGUCCUCUUCUGCUGGACUGCCACCUGGGGAGCGCCGAGACCCCGCUUAACAUCACCUGGCUCCAGGAUGGGGUGGUGCUGAGCGAAAGCCAGGCCGUCCGGCUGCUUCCCAACAGCUCCCUGCUGCUCCUGCCUUCGGUCCAUGAUGGGAAAGAUUCAGCAGGAAUGGAGGGAGCCUACAGCUGUCUGAGCGGGAGCUCCUUCGGGACGCUCACCAGCCGCAGCGUCACUCUGCAGCUAGCCAGACUGUCUACUGUCCUCCGGGACCCCGAGCCUCAGGUAGUACCGGCCGGGGGUACUGCGCGCUUCGAAUGCCACAUAGACGGUGUACCUGCUCCCAGAAUCACCUGGGAGAAAAACCACAUGCCGCUUCCUGUACCUGCCGAAUCAGUCACUACACCGAGGUUUGUAACGCUUCCAAACGGCAUCCUGCAGAUUUUGGACGUCACAGCAGACGAUGGAGGUCUGUACCGCUGUGUAGCAUCUAACUCCGCUCACAAGCUCUACAGCCAAGACGCUUCACUAACUGUUCCAUCAGGUCCUUCAGAGGAGGGCGAGGUGAUGAUUGUAGCUCCUCCGCGAGACUUGACGGUGGUUUUGGGACGGCCAGCGGUGCUGGAGUGUAUGGCUCACGGCCAACCCAAACCUUUCGUGUCCUGGAGUCGACGAGAUGGGAAACCCAUUGCUGCAGAUGUGCUGGUCCUCGCCACCAACCUGAUAAUACCUCACACACUCAGUCACCAUGCCGGAGCGUAUGUGUGUCGCGCCAACAAGCCUAAAACGCGAGAGUUCGUCUCGGCCUCCGCUGAGAUCCGUGUGCUGGCCCCUCCGGUGAUUGUGAAACCUCCUGAGUCGGUCUCGCUGUCUCGGGGGAACACGGCGAGGUUCGUGUGUAACAGUUCGGGUUCUCCGGCUGCGUCUCUGCUCUGGCUGAAGGACGGCGAGCGUCUGCACUGGACCGCGCGGGUGAAGACUCAGAGCCCCGGUGUUCUCCUCAUCAACCAGCUGCGGCCGGACGACGCCGGAUAUUACCAAUGCCUCGCCUCCAACGUCCUGGGCACCGCCUGCGCCACCGCCAAACUGUCCGUCAUUGUGAGGGCGGGGCUUCCCAGUCCUCCACUUCACCUCCAGGCCACGCCUCACUCCAGCACCUCCGUCCUGCUCACCUGGGAUCCUCCAGAGCACAACCGCGAGCAGGUCAUCGGAUUCUCCAUCCACUACCAGCGCGCCACAGCAGGGUUCGAUAACAUGGAGUAUCAGUUUGCAGUGAACAACGACACGACGGAGUUCCACGUGAAGGAGCUGCAACCUCACACGGCCUACACCUUCUACAUGGUGGCUUAUUCGCCCAUGGGGGCCAGCCGUCCAUCUCAGUCCAUCACUGUGGAGACGGUGGAGGACGCAGAAGAGGUGUUCUCAGUGGAGCUGGAUGGUAACGAGACCCAGGUGGCCCUGAGAGAUCUGAAGCCCAAUCGUACACACCAGUUACAGAUGGCUGCACGUGCAGGUGUAGGUUUUGGUGAGCCUCCAGAGUGGACCUUUCCCCAAACAUCCAACCUUACUCAGGUGCUCUUUCCUCCCACUGAGCUCAGAGUGACAGCUAAGAUGCAUUCCCUCCACGUCACAUGGCAGCCGCCGCCCAAUCACACGCAGAUCACCAGCUAUAAACUGGCCUAUCGGGAAGCGGAUGGCGACGAGGCGGCCAAUCAGGAGAGUCCUCCGGCUGACGCUUCACACAUCAGGCUACGCAAGCGAGUAAAGCAUUACGAAAUCACGGGCCUCGCUCCUGACCGCCUGUAUGAAGUGAAAGUGUGGGCGUGUAAUAAGCAGGCUGAAGGCUAUCCUGCCAUAUGGAAGGGCCGGACCGAGAAAUUCACUGAUCGAGUUCGACCCCUGGACCACCCUCCCCCACUGCCCCCCAGCAUCGUUAAAGCUCAGGCUAACAGCUCCACGUCCAUCUGGCUGCGGUGGGAGAAACCGCCGUUCAGUAACGUACGCAUCAUUAACUACACGAUACGCUGCAGCCCCGCUGGCAACCGCAACGCCUCACUCGUCUCCUACUACACCAGCACGUCUCAGGAGAUCCUGUUAGGUGCACUUAAACCCUUCACCCGUUAUGAGCUGGCCAUCCAGUCCAACGGCAUCAGCACCGGCGGGCCCUUCAGCAGCACGGUGGAAGAGUCCACACUCGCUGACAGACCCUCAUCUCCACCUACAGACCUACAGCUGAGCGCCAUAGACUCAUUCUCCGUGUUGGUGAGCUGGCGCCCCCCUCUGGAGCCUAACGGCAUUAUCGUAAGCUAUCGAAUGCUCUACAGCGGCAACCUCAGUCAGCCGGAUGACCUGUGGACCAACCUGAGCCAUGACGGUUCUGUCACUAGCACAGAGGUUCUGGGUCUCAUGAGCGGGACACGGUACUACUUUAAGAUGGGGGCGUGCACGGAGGUCGGAGUGGGCCCGUUCUCUCCCGUCAAGGAUGUACACACACCCCCGAAGAAAUACGAGUUGGACAUUCAUGCUGUCACUGGGAUCAUCGUCGGUGUGUGUCUUGGUCUCCUCUGCAUCCUCGUCUGCAUGUGUGUCAGCUUCCGCAACGGAAAAAGCCGCGACACCCCUGGGGGGCUGGAACCCAGUCUGUUGAACCCCCAGUACCGCAGAAGCGCCCAUCCUGUACCCGCCGUCGUACCUAACUGCACAGACUGCCAUGAACUGGAGACCCUAAUGCCCCCCGGAGCCCAGGACCCGGUUCCGCCCCUAACUGACCCUAAUGAGCAGCAAAGCCUCAUGGGUAGUGUCGGUGGAGCUUAUGAUGCACCAGCAGAUCUGAAGCCGAGCUGGAACGGUUCAGUGAGCCGGGAGUGGGCCAGUCGGAUCAGCACCUACAGAGAGACGACUACAGAAAACUCGCCAUGUCUCAUUAACGGAUUUCGGGACACUAAGGAGAGCAAGAACAGUCAUGACGAGCAUCCGCAUUCUCUCGGCUCGAACCGGGUGGAGGCUGACGUGAUCGUACACUCGGAGCUGUCUGAUCCAGUAGAGGAGGAGGUGCAGGAGCUACGGAGUGACACUAAUCUCUCUCUGGGGUCUCCUGUGUCACACUUCCCGUGCAGAGAGGACGCUCCACCGCCAUCAUUAUCCUCAAUCACUGACACUGAAAUCCAUCCUGCGUCUCACCGCAUCCCCAACCACUUUCAGGAUGCACUGGCUAAUCACAACGGGCCGCUGGAAAACGGGCUGGCCCAGCUGACUCUGGGAGGCGCUACUGAAGAAGGGGUAUCCCCUGAGCACCUCCAACCCGCUCUAGAGAACGGAGAUCACAGACUCCGCCCUUCAGCGAAGGCUCUAUCUCAGAUAGGACUGUCGGCUUCCCCUCCAGCCUUCGCCAGGUCCGGCCUCGUCCGCUCUACCUCAGGUGCGCACAGCUACCUGUGCUCCUAAGCAUUAAAAGAAGAGGAGGAAACGAACCAUGAUGCCAAUAUACCACUAUUGCAACAUAUUGUUUUAUAAGUGUGUACAGUACAUACAGAAUAUUUUUUUAGCCCUAGAAACCAUGGGUAUGCUUUUUUUUUUUUUUUUUUUUUUUGGUCCCUUUGUUUAUUUUAUUUUAUUGUGUGCAUGUAUUGUAUGUAUUCAUUUAGCACACAUGGAUACAUGCACAUGUGCUAUAAAUAGUAUAUAUGAAUAUUGUAAAUUUGGACUUUUCUUAACUCUGAAGAUGGAAUCAGAUAUCAGUGUCUGAAGAUCAGAGCAGAACACGGGUCUAGUCCACACUAGCAAGAAACAGAUUCGGAAAACGCCUUUUUAGCACCGUUUUCGAAUCCGCUCUCCAAAGCGGAUAAAUCCGAAAACGAUGACGUGUAGUCGUCGCGUCAUCACCGCGGUCCCAAGAUGGCCGGACUCUGUGAAACUGUGGCGUGCAAGAAAGUGGGUUUUUUUUUUCUUUUCUUGUUUUUUGUAUGUUCAUGUUGUUAACAAACAAAAACGUAUGGAAUUGAAUUGGUGCCGAAACUAUUGAGCGUGGCUUUUCGAGAAAUGAGCGAAAAGACACGAUGAGAACCGGCGUGCCGUUUUCUGUCGUUUUCGAGUCUCGCUGUAGACGGGACGCUUCUGGUAAACGGCUUGAAAACGUCACUCUGCGAAGCUUUCCGUUUAAAUGUCCGUUUGUUUAUUUAUUUUAUUAUUUACAGUUGCGUUAGUGUGGACUAGGCCGUAGUCGGAAGAACUGAAUAGACCGAUCAGAGAUUAGUACUUACAAAGCAGCCGUAGACUUACAGCAAGAGUCCACAACCCUGCCACGCACUACAGAUUUCUCAGGGUUAACACACACACACACACACACACACACACACACACACACACACACACACACACACACACACACACACACACACACACACACGGUCCUGGGUGGAGAAACCAGAAGCUACACCUUCACCGACCUUUCUUUCAGCUUAAGUCUAACCUAUCAAUUUCUUUCAUUCCUGUCUGUCUCUCUCUCUCUGUCUCUCUCUCUCUCUCUCUCUCUCUCUCUCUCUCAUACUCACACACACACACACACACACACACAAAUACAAACAAAUACAGAAGUUUCUAUUUGCACCUGGGUGAAAACAGGAAUAUGUAUUUGCACCCGGUUGGUGUUAGCAAUAUAACAGGUUACCUGUUGCUAGCAUGUGCGAAAAAAAUAUUCUAAAAACCUUCAUACAUUGUUAGCAAAGCAGUAUUAAAACAUCCGUUGUCGUUGUGGUUGUUUUGUUUUUCUUUACUACUAGUUAUAAGUUCACAAUAUACUAGUUAGCUUAAUCUGAGUUAGCUUUCUUGCAAAUGUAAUAUAACAGUUAGUUGUACUAAUACCCUUCCACUGGGAUUUAUUUUCACACUAGGAUGGUUAGCCUAAUGUUAGCUAGCUUGCUAGUGCUACUACAUUGCUCCUAGUUUAAAUAGCACAACAAAGUAGUUUAUUUGAUGUUAGCUGUCUUGUUAGAAAAAUAGCCUACUGGGGUGACCAAAUCUUAGCUAGUGAACUCUGCUGUUGAUUUUAAUUCACAGUGUGUAAGAUUUGCUAUCGUUCGUUAUCUACAGUAGUUGCUGGCAAACUAGACUAAACACUCAGUUUAAUUGCACAAUAUAGUGGUUAGCGUAUUCUCAGCUAAGCUGGCUAGCGAGCUUUGUUGCGGGUUUUAAUUUCACAAGAAAGUAGUUUACUUCAUGUUAGCUAGCUUGCUAUGUAAGCUAAAUAGCUAAGUGUCGUGUAAAUAAAACCAGUCUUCUGUGCUAAGCGCUACAUCGUUAAGCGUUAGCGGUUCUGUGUGGCUAAUGUGGCCAUUUUCACCCGGGUGCAAACAGACAGACGGAUAAAAGACAUUCCUCGGCUGGAGUUUCUCAGGAGUUUUAUGUAUAUAACGACGAGGAACCGCUGAGAAAAGAUGAAGGACAUGUCUGGUGUACAUGUAGAGUCAUUUGAUUUGUUCGACGGGAGACCUGAAGCGUGUUUGCGGGUGCUUCAUACAUCGACUACUCCCAGCCACUACCUCAUUUAAAAUGGAUCCUAUAUUUUUCUUUCUUUUUUUUCUUUUUCUUUUUUUUUUGUGAUUUUAAUUUUCAGGAAUAAUUUAUAAUUCUGAGGCCAAUUUUGUGUACAUGGGUUUAUAAAGAUUGUGAUUCGUAACUUUUAGCACUCUUUCGUCUUCUGUUGAUACCCCGCCGCAUUAACACGGCGCUGACACCGCUUCCUGUCCCAACCACGGUUCAACUUUGUUCAGUAUAACAACUCUUUUUCUUUUUCUUAUCCAUAAGAGAUUAGCGCACAGAGGACUUUCUGAACGAUGGGAGACGCGUCCAUGCCUCGCCUCGCUCAUCUUUUCUCAGGGAGCUCUGAACACACACACACACACACACACACACACACACACACACACUCACUCACUCACUCUCUCUCUCACUGUACAGGGAGUGUGAAAAGAUAAAAGAAGAAAGCAAACAUGUCUGUUCAACUAAACUCAGUUCCUGUGUUCCUUCAUCCAUAAUUCGAUUUUUUUUGGGGUCUUGUUCUUUCACUUGUUCUUCCUCAGAACCAAACAUCUCUCUCUCUCUCUCUCUCUCUCUCUCUCUCUCUCUCUCUCUCUUUUUGUAUUGCUGCUAAGAGCAGAAACGGAUUUUUUUUUUAAAUAUGCAUUUGAAAAUGA